AUACCACCAGCUGACGGUCCGUCCUCUACCUGCCAAAUGAGAAACUGUGAUUUCUUUCCGUGUACCGUUCCCCGCGGCGGCCAUAUUGUGGGAUGCGUUGCUGCAAGUUAAACCAAUUCGGAGCGGAGGGAGGGGGAACAUCUGCGGGAGUCCAUCCACUAUUCCUAGAGCUGUCUUUUGUCAUGUAGCAUAGCCGCACAAUCUCUACCGGUUCCGGUUUAAAGGUUUUUGUUUGCUAAGGAUCGGUCACUGUUACUCUUUUCCUUUUAUUGCAACACAAGAACAAAACCAAGUAACGUGACUGGAUUAAUAAUAUCUAUCACGGAUUUUCCCUCUAUCGGGCACAGCGUUUAUUUAUCACGUCUCGUGAGGCGUUACAUGGCAAAGGAAUGGGACAGACUGUGAUUUUCAAGUUGAACGCAACAAUACCACUUUGAGUGCAACACUGAAACCUUUGCUGAGGACGAAGCGGUCGGAAGGCGUAUGUAACCUCAAAAAAAAGAACCGAUUCGGCAAAGGCUUGACUAUGGGCUGUGUCAAGAGUAAAGAGGACAAGGGUCCGACACAGAAGUACCGACCAGAUCCCACCAAUCCCACCCCUGGGUCACACAUGGGUCUCUACGGACCAGACCCCACUCAGAUGGGCCAGUCACCUGCCCUGAAGGGCCCCACCAACAACUACAACAGCCGCACAACUGGGCUCACCCCGUUUGGUGGCUCUUCCUCCAUCAUCACACCCUUUGGUGGAGCUGCCUCCUCUUCCUUCUCCACUGUUGCUGUGAGCAAUCCUUUCCCCGGUGCCGUAACAGGCGGUGUAACUUUCUUCGUGGCCUUAUAUGAUUAUGAAGCCAGGACAUCAGAUGACCUCUCCUUCAAGAAAGGCGAUAGAUUUCAGAUCAUCAACAACACAGAGGGAGACUGGUGGGAGGCUCGCUCCAUCAACACCGGGCAGAAGGGCUACAUUCCCAGCAAUUAUGUGGCCCCUGCAGACUCCAUCCAAGCGGAAGAAUGGUACUUUGGCAAAAUGGGUCGUAAAGAUGCUGAGCGACUGCUACUGGUUCCCGGAAACCAGCGGGGCACUUUUUUGGUCCGAGAAAGCGAGACGACUAAAGGGGCUUACUCUCUCUCAAUACGGGACUGGGAUGAGAUGAAGGGAGACAACGUGAAACACUACAAAAUCCGAAAGCUUGACAACGGAGGCUAUUACAUCACCACAAGAGCUCAGUUUGACACUCUACAGAAAUUGGUGAAGCAUUACACAGAGCAUGCAGAUGGGCUGUGCUACCGACUGACCACAGUGUGUCCGACGGUGAAGCCCCAGACUCAAGGUCUGGCUAAAGAUGCAUGGGAAAUCCCUCGAGAGUCACUGCGUCUGGAGCUCAAGUUGGGUCAAGGCUGCUUCGGAGAGGUCUGGAUGGGUACAUGGAACGGCACGACUAAAGUAGCUAUAAAGACACUGAAGCCGGGCACCAUGUCUCCUGAAGCCUUCCUGCAGGAGGCCCAGAUCAUGAAGAAGCUUCGGCAUGACAAGCUGGUGCCCCUGUAUGCUGUUGUGUCUGAGGAGCCAAUUUAUAUUGUCACUGAAUACAUGGGCAAAGGGAGUUUGCUGGACUUCUUGAAAGAGGGUGACGGCAAGUACCUCAAGCUGCCCCAGCUGGUAGACAUGGCUGCCCAGAUUGCAGAUGGCAUGGCCUUCAUCGAGAGGAUGAACUACAUCCACAGAGACCUGAGGGCUGCUAACAUCCUGGUGGGAGACAAUCUGGUCUGCAAGAUCGCUGACUUUGGUCUGGCUAGACUGAUUGAAGACAACGAAUACACUGCUAGACAAGGAGCCAAGUUUCCCAUUAAGUGGACUGCACCAGAAGCAGCGCUGUACGGCCGAUUCACCAUCAAAUCUGACGUCUGGUCCUUUGGUAUCCUGCUGACGGAGCUCGUGACCAAGGGCAGAGUGCCAUAUCCAGGCAUGGUGAACCGAGAGGUGUUGGAGCAGGUGGAGCGGGGCUACAGGAUGCCGUGUCCUCAGGGCUGCCCGGAGUCGCUGCACGAAAUGAUGCGACUCUGCUGGAAGAAGGAGCCAGACGAGCGGCCCACUUUCGAAUACAUCCAGUCCUUCUUGGAGGACUACUUCACCGCCACUGAGCCACAGUACCAGCCCGGAGACAACCUGUAGAGAGACCUUCUACGGGACCCAGAGACUCACCACCACGUGCUAAUAAGCCACCGGGGACGGUUCCCAAACCCACUGUGGCACCUCCUCCCCACAGCUCCCCUGCACACUUGUCCUUACAGAGAUGUUUUUGUUUCUUUCGUUCUUUCCCCAAACUUACAAACUCGAUUAGUGCAUCGAAAGCGUAUGUUUCAGGCUGUUCUCUGCCCGAGGAUGUGUGUGUGGUGGAGUUGAAGAGGGUGUGUGUAUGAGCGGGUUUGGAGCGGGACCACGUCACGCUCCCGGAGCUCUGCCGGGGUGAUUCCCUGCAUUGCAGACAGAGGGAGCUGUGAAACAAGCGAUGAGCUUUAGUGCUGAUGGCUGGUUCACAGUUGCACAAAAUCAGCUUUUCCUUUUUAUCCGUUUCGUUUUUUUCCCCCUCCCUUUUUCUGCUCCCUUUCACCUGAACACUAAAUCCUAUUGUAAAAUCAGUCUUUGUUAUUUUAAAGUUUUUCUUUUUCCCCUUUUUUUUUUUUUUUUUUAUUUAGUAGUUUGAGUAGUUUAUUAAAAGUGACCAAUAACUGUGGUUGAAUCGGUUGGCGCUACCAGCGCCAUUGCUGGGACGGGAAAAGUGAAAGUCAAAGAAGGACAGAGAGAAUGAGACGCGUGAGGGCAUUAGCCGUUCUGAAUGUACGGGAGUUUGAGUUUAAGACGUCAGUUACAGGGGCAGAGUUAGUUUUUCUCUAAAACCGUUUUAUAGCAAAUCAUGAUUUUUAAUAAGUACCUUCAUUUCGGUUUCAGCCGAUCUCUAUGAGAGCUUGGAAGCAUAUCCUGGGAGAUGAUUCAUAUUGGAAAAGCCUUGGCAAAACAUUUCUGACGACUGAUCGCCAUUUCAGCCAGCUGCUAAUUUUCGAGCAAAAAGUCAUUAUUAUAAAUCGUAUGUAAUUAAGCAGAGAGAACUUUGAUUUAACAAAACACUAGACCUGACCAGUCCGAACAUCAUUCCUCAUGCUGCUGCUGAGACCCGACAGGUCGCAGUAUCACAACAGCAGCGCCCGAGUUGCUUUUUUUUUUUUUUUUUCCACGCACAUCAGCACCCGCACUGCCAGGUUUGUGUUUCUCGUGCCAACACAUUUGUAGUGUUGCCAACCUCUCGGUACCGAUUCAUUGUUCUCUCAUGUACACUCCAAUAAAUGAACCACGGAGAUUUAUCUUUCACAGAUGGUUUCGUACGUACAUAUUUCAGUAUAUUUCUAGAGCCAUGGUUUAUUCAUCUUGACGUAUGAAUGUGAACUUGCUCAAAUUAUUUCACACACGAAUCAGAAUUAUAAAGCCUUUUUCUAACUCCGCGACGUACCACGUUUGCUGCUGGUGGAGUUCUAACAUUUUCUGUUAAGGCGUCACUGUGAAAUAUUCAGGUACUACAGAUCGAGACCAUUUACCAACCAAAGUUUGAUGGAGUCGGUAAAAAUUUGCCUUCCAUCCUGAGCGCAUUAAAAAAAAAAUGAAUGAUUGAUGUUUUCCUUGAUCUGUUAAAAUGGUACAAGUCUAAUGGAGAGGGCAAAUUAGACAUCAUCAUCAUCAUCAUCAUCAUCAUACAGCCGUACAGUUUUUGCACCACUAUUACAGAUUUAGUCUUAAUGUUUGGUCAUGUACUGUCUGUCACAGGUUCAUUUCAUCCAUGGCAAGGAAUUGAAUGCACUUGGGAUGAAUCAGACCGAUAAUCUUAUGGAGGGCUAGUUUGUUGGUUUCUUCUCCCUUUUGUCGUGUAGCUAUUCAUAUAUAGAGAGAGGCCUUGCUUUUGUCCUUCCUGUACGUGAGCCCUUUGUCCUGUAACCAGGACAUCAACUAGACAUCUCUCCCAUCACCACCUCCUGUUUUACAAGGGCUACAGGCAAGUUUGUGCAAAACUCUGUUAUCGAUUUUUAUUUUUUGUUUUUGUGUCAAAAAAAGAAAGAAAAUACUUUAAUGUAAGGUGAGGGUCUCCGCUGCAAAGUUUGAUGAGGAUGUUUGUUGUGAAACAAUGGUUACGAUUACUAAUCUGAAGAAUUUGUACAGUAAAAAAAAUAAAGUUUUACGUAAUGCUUUUAA